AUGAAAGGUUGCAAUUCUGUCAGCGCAAGGGCUGCAACAGCUUUGGCAGAUAACAUCCAAUCUUCAGAUCAGCUCGAAACUGCAUUCGAAGUCGAAACUGAGCUGAAGAAAGCAUCAACCAUUCUCGACAUUCGACUCGAUAGUCUGCAGCAAACUAUACCAUCAUUGAGUUCUUAUCCAAGGCAACUGAGGUUGUACCUGUACAGUGACUCAAGAGGAAGAGAAUCUCUGAGUCAAGAUCAACUUAUUACAGUUCACUAUUCCAAGGAUCUGACUGCAGAUUGCGAGGGAUAUCUUCAAGAAGCUAAUAACGCUUGGACAGUACUUGGAAAGCCGAUUGUCAAGGGCAACAUUCUUGAUUGGUAUUCAAGCACAUUACAAAACAGUAAAGAUGAACUUAGGAAGACUGUCUCGGACCGAUCGAGCCAAUGGAUCCCUAAGGCUAUAGGUACUAUGAUGACCUCCAUCAGAGACAUUAGGCAUGCUACAUCGGAGUUAAGUGGACAAACCCUAGCGUUCGACAGUAAGACAAUAAGGAAAGCAGCAGAUCAACGAGAUAAAGUUGUCAACAGUCGACAUGACUUUCAGGGAGGCUGUCAAGUGCUCGAUCUGUGUAUGCCACAUACAGCGGUAGAAGAGGCAAGGAUUACCGAGCUCAUUAGUAACUUCGGAUCUGCGACUGAUAUUAAAAAGGAUUCUGACCUCGGUUCCACUAAUGCGGAAAAUAUCGACCGGCAAAAAGAGUUUAUAAAUCUUUCAAAGAUCUGUUCGGACGAAACGGCCAAAGCUAAUUCAGACAAUCAGCAUCUUCUGUCCCUAGUGAAGGAUCAUCUGAUCAACGAGAUGAGCACUGUCUCUUCGGACUGGGACCAGAAGAUACGUGAGGUCACUGCAUACUACCAAAGCACCGCACAAGAGAUCUUUAGAAAGGCAACGGAUAGUGGUCGUCAAUUCCUCCAAACCUCUCAACAGGUUUCACAGUCAAGUUCUGAGGCCUUAGACGAUGGGUUAUCACGCCAAUUCGCUCAUGAUCGAGAUGCUUGGCAAGCCAACUUCAGUAGAGUUCAGAAGCACAAACCAGAGAUAGGAGCUAUAUCGAGACUAUCAUCUGAAUUCAAGUCCAUUACUAGUUUAUUAGCGGACUGGACCGGAGUGAACAAUCAAGCUGAAGGGGCUGAAAGCAUCUUUGAGAGAAUGAACCGCAAGUAA